GUAGUUGCACACUAGUCAGGUUGUCAUGGAAAUGACCAAAUUCACAGGUAUAUUGAACACAGGUAUUGAAUACCUAAUAACAAUUUGAUUUGGUGUAAGCGGAUAGGAAUUGCGUCCUGGGACAAGUAGAAGAAAGAGAAACUGGUACAUAGUGUUUGCAUGGAAACUAGCUGCUGAAUUAGCUUUUAUUGAUAGAUCCAUACAUUUAUCUCCAGGCUUGAAUAGUUAGAGUCAUACCUGUAUAAUUCUCCCAGGAUCGAGUACAUUAGAACAGAGAAAUGAUAGGAAAUUUGUGAAGAAUAAGUGUGCAGAAGAGAGGAAAAUGACUGCAAAGGUGAAAGUCAGAACUCUUGAUGCAAUAUGUGCAAAGUUAAAAUCAAUAAAUGGGGAAGAAAAUUCUGAAAAUGUACCUGAGAAAAAGGCAUUACUGGAAGAAAAUGACACACAUGACCCAGUUGAAAAGGUUAAAGACAAUUUAGAAACUCUUAGAAAUAAUGGGGUACAUGAAGAAAAAACCCUGAAAGAAAUUGAAAAGGACAACAAUGUUAGCUCAUCUAGACGAAAAAGCAGAAAAGCUGCAGUACCCAGAAAUAUUGCACAAGUUAGAGAAAUACUAGAUAAGUUUGAUUGUGUGGAUGACAAUGAUGAACUAGCAGAAUAUGAAAUUAAUAAUCAAAACACAGACUUUCCACCUGAUGUGGAUGAAGAUACAAGUCUUGAAAAAGAUUUCAGCUAUUCUGAAAAGGAGGAUUUGUCGAAGUGCAUAGAUGAUGACGUGGAGGAUGAGAGUAGUCCAGUAUCUUUCAGUAUUAACAGCUCUCUUCACACCAGAAAACAAUCAAGAAAACCACGUAAGUCAAGACAGUCUUUCAACAACACCAGCACCACUGCACCACUUGAUCUCUCCAUAACCAAGUUAACAGAAGACAGCACCAAGUCAGAGGAAGAUUUUCAGGAAAUUAGUCAGUCUAGUCAGUCAUUGAUUAAUUCCAAUGAUAACCUAAGUGCUUCAUCUUCAAAUCUGGAUUCAUUAGGUAGUCCUUCUAAACCUGCUUCCUCAAAGUUCAAGGUCACUGAGAAAACAGAAAAGCAAGAAAUGACAGUUUUGAAAGACUAUGCAGAGUCUACAAUGAAUGAGUUAUUAUCAAUGUACGGCUUCAGUGGUGGAUCAGGAGACUCAGUAAUGCAACAUAUUCAAUCGCAUAACUUCACAUCAGAUCAAAUUCUUCAUGGGCAAAGUCCGCACGAUGUACCAAACUUGGAAAAUGCCACAUCUAUUCCUCCCCUCAUCUCGCCAGCUGCCAUUUGUAAUAAACAGGUUUCCAAGUCCCUGAAUAUGUUGACCUCAACAGAGAAAAAAGGCAUCUACACAAACUAUGUCAACCCAUCCACUAGUAAAAGCAACCAGUCUACCAAAAAUACAAAAUCACCCAGUGUUGAAGUGAUGAAGGAUGAUAAAUUUACAAACAGUGCAGCCUACAUUAAGGCAGUGUUCAACAACCAGAGCCCAGGUGGCUCUCCUAGUCCUAUCAAACACCCUGGACUUCCGGACUACUCUAAGUACCUUAAGAGAUUUAGCAGUGGUUCUGAGUGUAAAAUCAAAUAUUGUAAGGAGCUGGGAUAUCGAGAACAUUUCCACUGUAUGGACUGUAACUUCCGGGUCUUUGUAAAGAAGGAAGAGAUGGUACGCCACUACAAGUGGCAUCGUAAGAGGGAGGAGUCUCUUCAGCAUGGCUUCAUGCGGUACAGUCCCAUGGAUGACUGCUGUCAGAAGUAUGGCAGCUGUACCCACAAUGGCCGCCAGACUCACUACCAUUGCCUUCAGCCUAGCUGUGAUAAAGUUUACAUCAGUACAUCAGAUGUUCAAAUGCAUGCAAACUACCACAGGAAAGAUUCUGCUAUCAUACAGGAAGGAUUCCAGAGAUUCCGUGCCACAGAAGAUUGUGGGACACCAAUGUGCGCUUUCUAUGGGCAGAGAACUACUCAUUUUCAUUGUAGAAGGCCAGGAUGUAAUUUUACCUUUAAGAACAAAGCAGAUAUGGAAAAGCACAAAACCUAUCACCAGAAGGAUGAGGUGCUUGGUCGUGAUGGCUUCAAGAAGUUUAUGAAGUAUGAACAUUGUGGUUAUAUUGGCUGUCGAUAUUCCAAACUCAGUAACCAUAUCCACUGCAUCAGACCAGGUUGUAUAUAUGUACUGCAUUCUACUGCACAGUUGUUUUCUCACAAGAGGAAGCAUGAACGCCGUGACUUUGAAACUGCUUACAGAAAAUUUCGAGAGGACAGCAAUGACAUGGAUUCUAGUCUACAGUAUGGGGGAAGUCUAGUCGAUGGAAGUCAAUCCUGUGCGUCCAAUAGUCCACUUAGUCAUAUGUCCCUCCCAAUAUCUAUCAAGACAGAAAUCACAGAGGAUGAUUUUAAGGAGGAAAGCUGCGACUCCAAGGUCCCUUUGUCUGAACAGUCAUUAGAGGACAGUAGCUCUGAUGUUAAGAGCCUAAAGUCUGACUGUUCAGAAACUAGAGAGGUGAACAAAUCUGAGGAGGAACCCAUCACUUUGUCUAAGCAUGCAGAUAAACUCAGUGGGGAGAAACUAAAUGAUUCUCUUACUUUGCCUAUACCAGGAUACACAAAUAUGGAAGACAGUACGGUCCCUGGUGCAGGGUCUUUAUCAAUACAAUCAAAGUCAGAGGCCAACGCUGUUCCAGGAUUGAAUGUCUCUUCUUCCAAGGUCAGCCUCCCACACUCCAUCCCACCAAUGCUGUUAUCCAAACCCUCAUCCAAUACUCAGGAAAGGAGAGAGAGAGAUGAAUCUUGGAAAAACUACCUCAUCAGGUAUACAGCCAAUGACCCCUGUAACUCUCGCUGCCAGUACCUGUACAAGGAUCACUAUCACUGUCGAGUAGAGGGUUGUUUGGUGUUAUUCAAAUCCAAGGAUGGUGUACGAGAACAUGCCAGAUUCCAUGAAUUACAAGACCGUAUAACCCCAGUAGCUUACACUAUGUAUACAGACAAUGACACAUGUCCAGAGAGCUGUCAGUACAGUGGCAAACAGAGGCACUACCACUGCAUAUGGUCCGGCUGCACACAUGUUGUACCACAUGAAGGCCCUACAUUUGGCAGACUUGAACACUACCGCAUCCAUGAGUAUGCAAGAAGCUCUGCUGGUAAGACAUAUAAAUCUUCACCUAAAUCAACAGAGGAUACACCUAGAAAGAGAGGUCGACCACCAAAAUACCCUAGAAACACCAUUCCUGUGAUCCCCAAGGUAGAACUUACAGAGUUCGAGAUGCAAAAUUCUUUUGGUGAAGAUCCAACAUUUAUUAAUGGGUUCAAGAAAUUUGAAGAAGAUAAUCCCUGUCCAGAUGAGUUGUGCCUUUACAGAAUGAAGGAACAUUAUCAUUGUGCACGUCCUCGCUGUUACCAGGCCACUGAUAGACUGGAUGUUCUCAAUUUGCAUGCAAAAGAUUUCCAUAGCUUUGUAACCAUUCAUGAAGGUUUUGAAUUCUUUGAUAGAAAUGUCAAUUGUCGCAGACCACAUUGCCACAAUAACAAAGCCAACCGGCAUUUCCACUGUGUGAGACCUAAAUGUGAUUAUUCUUUUGUCCGUCACAGCACCAUGUUACAGCACAACAAGAAGCAUGAGCAGACGGAAACACCCAUCCUGAGCAAAGAGGAACCUCAACCAUCACACUCUGACGUUUCCCCAGCUGGAUUUAUUCCAAUAGCCCCAGCUGAUCCUAAAGCUGUGAUCAAAACAUCAGGGACAUUUUAUCCUUUAUCUAGUAUCUCUUCUGGACAGUCCACAGUUCAGAUAUCUACAGUGGCAAGUUUAGAUUCAACCAUUUUCCAUCCAAUGGCAGUAUCCGGUGCAAUGACUGCUGUGCCCAUGGUAUCAACAGCCAUACCAUCCACUAUGAUUACUGCUGCCCCAGGGCUGAUAGCUAAUACAGGACACCCAUUACCCUUGGCUGUUCUUCUCCAGCAAGGUGGAAACAGUAUACCACAACCCAGCUGGCCUGACCUUAAGAACAAGAUGCAUUAUGGAUUGGAUCAAAAUUGUGGUCGACCAUUUUGUAAGCUAAAAAAGAAAGACCAUUAUCACUGUUUUGAGUGCAAUCAAGCAUUUUCUGACAUGAACAGAGUCAAGGCACAUGUUGCCAAGCAUGGGUUGAAAUUUGGAAAGAAUGAUGCACAGCCAGUAGCUGGAAAGACAGCUUUUCCCAUUACAAUUGCACCAAAGCCUGAUCGAUCACAAAUCAUACCUAAUCAGGAACACAAUUCAUCUGAUUUAAAGAAAGGCCCAGCAGCACAGAACUCUGAUGAUGAACAAAAUUCACUGGAAGGUGAGCUAAAUGCCUCUGAUUCUCUUAAUCUGAAUCCAUCAACCUUUUCAAAUCUUAUAGCUAAAGCUCAGAAAGCUCAUUGCACAUCUGAUCUUCAAAAUAAUAACUGGGAUGAAGAUGAUGAUAUGGAUGGAAAACUGGUGAUUUCAGAAACUGAAACUUGCAAUAAUGUUGAAGAGGAGGCAAUGGAUGAAAGUAGUUUUGAGGCCUCUACAGAAGACAGCAACAUGUCAGAAAAUGUCACAAGCAUUUCUAAGCGAUCAGGAAGAAAACGCAUGAGAACUAAGCAUAAUGAUUUUGUUGACAGUGGUGAAAUUAUUGUCAAGCAAAGAAGAAUAAGCAGUGGUAGCAUUAGUACUAAAAGCAGCAAAGAUGACAGUAUUCCUGAUGGAUACAUCCGUGUCAGACAUAAGGAUGACUGUCAGUUUGUGAAAUGUGCCUACCGCCAGGGAAUCACUCACUUCCACUGCACACGUCCGGAUUGUGGAUACAGCUUUAGUGAUCGAUCUCGCCUUAUCCAACACACCCUAAGGCAUGAGAGGAUUGACAGUUUGACUGGUGGAGAAAUGCAGCAGUUUCGAAUGAACCAGCCUUGUGGACGUGAAGCUUGUGAGUAUGAAGGAAAGGCCUCCCACUUUCACUGUCUGAAAUGCAACUACAACUGCACAGACUCCAGCAAAGUCUUAACUCACCGAAAAUAUCAUGCUAAGUUAGAUAACAUUAACUCACAAGGUUUUCAGAAGUUUGGAGUCAGUGAAAAGUGUGAAGUUUCCAGAUGUCCUUAUGAACUCAAACAGACACAUUACCAUUGCAUGAAAACUGGAUGCAACUAUGCAGUGCUGGGUCCUGCACAGAUUGCAUCUCACAACAUCAAGCAUGCUAACGACUCUCUGUAAAAGUAUUUUCAUCAAACAUUGAUUAAAAAAACAGUUUCCUGUCAAGUUUUAAAGGCACUUGCGAUUCUUACUUUGUAAGUACAUUACUUGUGCAUCAGCUGAUAUGACAUGAAGAAAGCAGUAUGCUUUAAAAUAAUUCACACUUAUUCAAUACUUCUACAUGCAAGAGAAAUGUAAAAUGUGAAGUAGUGGUAGAAGUUUGUUGGUAAUGAAAUGUGAUGUGAAUGCAAAUAUCAAUAAACAUUCCUUUUUGGAUACAUUUAAACCAUAAAUCACUGCAUUGACAACAUAAUCAGUAUUAUUUUUUCAAGGUCAUAUAUUGGUCAUUUGAUACACAGAACUGAUUCGUUGGGGAUAUUUACAAGGAGAGCACCAGUUCUUUCUUGUGUAUACAAUGGUUGCACAAAUAAAUUUCAAGUUUACAAUAAUGCUAUUUUUCCUUUUUACAACUCGACAUACAUUCUAAAUACAUUCCUAUUUUUUUAAACAUUCCUUGGCGGCCUUAUCCAGAAUUGAUAUUUCUGUAUUUUCUGUUUAUUGAGUGGUUUAUUGUAGCAAUUUUUACUGGCAUUGUAUUUUUCAUUUAAGACUUAUUUUGAUUUUAAAUGAAACCUGAUUUCUUUUUGUUGUUGACUGACAUGUAAUCAAUGUAAAACUGCUGAGGUAGUUGUUGUAAAUCAUAUGAUUAAAUAGGAAUAUUCAACAGUAUUACAACAGAUGUCGCACAAUCAUUCCAUAAUUCAUGUAAUGUACAUGGUUUUAUAUACGUAUCUAGACAGAUUUCAUUUCCCAUCCAUGUUUCUCAUAGGCAAAAAAUCAGUGUAUCAAUCAUUAUGUUAUCUAUGAUCAAUGUUUUCAAUUGAAUUACUGUCUCAGGAGUUGUGUCCCUUUAAAAAGCAAUGAAAGUAAAAGUAUAAAUACCAUUUAAUUAGUGUGCAUGUUGUAACAGUAUGGACUGACAUAUAGUGCCUUAGAUACAAUUUAAAACUGCUGUUAUAUAUAUAUAUAUAUAUAUAUAUAUAUAUAUAUAUAUAUAUAUAUCACAAAGCCGAUUGAGUAUACUCGACUAGGUUCUUCAAUUCCUCGGGAGUAUAUGAAAAAUACUCAAUCGCCUUUGUGAUAUUUUUAUUAUACUACAUGUACUACUUGUGUAGAUUUUUCUAUACUUUUAUAUAUAUAUAUAUGUAUCUAUAUGUAUAUAUAUAUAUAUAUUUGCCCUGUUGUCAGUGUGUGAAAUGGAUAUACGUGUGAUUAAUUAGUUUUUCAUUUACCUUUAUGUGCCAAGAUGGUUUAUUAAAUGUGAUUGCGUUUACAUUUGCAGUAUUUGUUUAUUCUGUAAUACAUCAUGUUUUUUCUGUACUUCAUCAAAAUGAUGAUCAAAUUUUAAAAUCUGCUCCUAAUAGUUAGAAUAUUAGGGAACAGGAAUACAGGGGGGAGAACUCCCUGGAUCAGUUGUCUGUUAAGGUCUGUUUGUUGUCUGAUUGAUUCCAUCAUGAUUCUUGACUGAAGGAUUUGAUUCUUUCCUUCUUUAAUUUCCUCUUUACAUGUGUACAUUUUUUUAGUUCUGGAAGUCAGUUGUCCGAUGGCUACACAAGGUUACUUAUACAGAUGUAAACUAAAUACUUUGUAUCUUUGCUAGCCAACAGUGAUGUUUUCCUUUGCCAAGAACUAUGAAAAAGCAGUGGAUUGUCACCCUGGACUUGUAAAGUUGUUAAUGUUUUAUUGUAAAGCCUCACAACAUUCCACAUUCAGGAUCUCUGUUCCAUUUGUGCAUUUCUUAUGUAUAGUACAAUCUACACCUUUUAAGACACAUUUCAUGUCUAUUUUUAAUAGAGUAUCAUUUGGAAACAACAGUCUGUUUUGGGUGUCUGUAAAUCAAUUUACUACAUUCCUCUGUCACUUGCAGGAAGGGGGGGGGGACUAAAUUUUAUUUAUGCUUACUUUGAUGUGAUAUAACUACUGAUAGUCAUAAAGUUGUAGUCAUUUAGAGCCUUCCUGUAGCCAGUUUUGUUUUGUUUAUUUAUAUAUAUUUUACACCUUUUUGUCAUACCAAUUGUUAAAAUAUAUUUACAGCACAUUUGAUUUGUUUGUUCCACUAAUAUUAUUAAUCACGCGUUUUGUACACCACAUUAUAGGUUGUAAGAAAAUGUGAAUAAAUUUUCUGCAUAAAA